UUUUUUGGCAAUGAUGAAUAACUAACUAUUGUCAUUAUUAAUCACCUUUAAUAAUAAACAAAACAAUUCAAACAAAAACAAAUUGUCUAUUACUGAUAAAAAAAUUUAAAAUUGGUCAGAUUUGCAAAUAUAUGUUUGCAGCAUCAAGAUCAAAGAAUUUGGUUAAUCUUAAUAAUAAUUUAUCAAAUUUGAUAUAAUGAGAAGACGAGCUGGGUUAGGUGCUAUUCAACAACAACAAUUAGAAGCACAGAAAUAUGAAGAUAGGGGAAAUGUUAUACAGGAAAACCAAUUUGAGAAAAUGACGAAGCAAAUGGAGACUUUUCGUGAAAAAUUGGAAGAUUUUGCCAUAAAGCACAGAAACGACAUUCGAAAAAAUGCACAAUUUCGUAGACAAUUUCAAGAAAUGUGUGCUGCUAUAGGGGUUGAUCCUUUGGCUUCAGGCAAAGGUUUUUGGAGUGUGCUUGGAAUGGGUGAUUUCUACUAUGAAUUAGGGGUUCAAAUUGUCGAAGUUUGUUUAGCAGCUAACCACGCUACAGGUGGAUUAAUGGAAUUAGACGAAUUAAGAAAAAGACUAGUUUCAUCUAGAGGACAAAAUGCUAUUCAUCAGGAAAUUACUAACGAUGAUAUUUUAACAGCCGCCAAAAAAUUAAAAAUUUUUGGAAACGGUUUUGUUGUUUACCCUGUCGGCAAAGGGAAAUAUAUGGUUCAAUCAAUCCCAGGGGAGUUGAGUUUAGAAGAAACGACAAUUUUAACAGCAGCUUCGAAUACGGAGCAAGGAUUCAUAACACUUUCCUUACUAACGAAAGAAUUAGGAUGGACGAAUUUUAGAGCAGAACAAGCUCUUGAAAAGAUAGUUGGCGGAGGCUUGUGUUGGGUGGACGAACAGGAUAGUGAAAAAUCUUAUUGGUUUCCUAGUCUUUUUCCUGGUAAAAAAGUUAUCUAGAUUUAUCCAAAGUUUACUUUUCAUGUUUUACUUUUUCAAAAAUGUUAUACGAGUAUUAUAUAAAAAAAAGUAUGUAACAAAAACUUAAAUGUAAAUUAUAAUAUUAUUUCUAGUUUA